AUGAAACUCGACCAACUCCCUCAAUCCAAGUCACUGACGAUGGAAUCUAAAUUCUACCUUUCGCCGGCGAUAUUGGUAACGCUUUCACCAAAGCUGGCCGGCGACCAGAAGGACAGGGUUUGGCUGGCGACUGUUUCUUUGUCGAUUGAACUUCGCCUCUACAAAUUUCUUCGCCUAUGUAAUAUUGUUCUAGCCACACUGCCCACCCCUGAGAAGACAAAGCACGAGCGAGAGAAGAUCAAUCAUAAAUACAGGAAGCCCGAUGUGGCCGGCAACAAGAAGAAGGAGAUCACAGCCCAUCUGCGCCGGCAGGCCGAGCGAGGCAGCAAGAACAGCAGCAGCAACAACAAUAACAACAACAAUAAUAACAGCAGCAACAACAGCAACGACAACACCAACAGCGACGACAUCGCCGACGCGGAGUGGGUGGCCGCGAGGUCACCACCUACGUCCUCAUGGGCGGCGGCCCCAACGCAAGUCUCUUUUCAAUUUGUUCUGGUCAUUGUUCCAUCCUACUUCCACCCUGAAUUCCUCCGCCGGCGGUACAUAUGUCUAACCGAUAUACAGACCGCACAGCUCUCCCUCCUUCGUGGAGGAGAAUGUAUCGUCGCGCCUCCCCGGUCGGUUGUGGCCUCUCCCAGCCUGGCCGGAAAGUUCAUUCUCCCAGGUGGCACUACUCUCCCAGACGGGAUGCUGGUCUCCGGCGGCCUCACCACCUUUCUUCCAGGCGGCACUGUAGUGCAAACAAACCUCUGUCCCAACCAGAGUGCCCUGGUCCAGUUGGACCAACAAAAAGUUCCCUCCCGGGGGCAUUGA